AUGGCUUCUCUCCCCACCCUAACGAUUCUUUCUCUGCAAUUUCUGAUUCUGUUAAUCGGAUCGUAUGGUACGAUUGAGUCCAUUGGUGGUGGGGUUGUAGAAGAGGCACGAAGAGGGGGACAACAGAGAGAGUUCGAUUACUUCCAGCUCGCUCUCCAAUGGCCCGGCACUUACUGCCGUAGAACUCGCAGUUGUUGCUCCUCCAAUGCUUGUUGCCGAGGAGAGAGUUCGAUUACUUCCAGCUCGCUCUCCAAUGGCCCGGCACUUACUGCGGUAGAACUCGCAGUUGUUGCUCCUCCAAUGCUUGUUGCCGAGGAUGGACUAUGGCCUGACUACAAUGAUGGAACUUGGCCCUCAUGUUGCACUGGUUCCAAUUUUGACCCAAAGGAGAUGGACUAUGGCCUGACUACAAUGAUGGAACUUGGCCCUCAUGUUGCACUGGUUCCAAUUUUGACCCAAAGGAGGUAUUUGAAUGUUGCUAUUGUACAUUGCACUACCUCAUUUGUGGGGCAUGCAAGUUCUCGCUUGUGGGGAGACUUGCAAAAUGGAACUCAAAAUAUUAGACAACAUCUGAAAAAUGAUUCUUUUCUAUGUCCAAGUGCAUUUGUAGAAGCUUGAAUUUGUACACAUCCAUAAACUUUGGUGGACAAAUGUCAUCUUAGCUAUGAUUCCCAGUGGGUAUAACAGACACAAUAUAGGAAGUUUGUGAAAAUAAAGGACGAGCUGGAUAUUGAGUCUGUAUAGGUAUACAUGUUAAUUCCAACUCAGUCUGGUUGAAUGAUAUAUAAC